UCCCGGCUCUGCUCCUUCAGCUGCCGCUGCCGCCGCCGCCGCUGCCCUCGGGGCGGACCCCGCUCCCGGCGCAGCCCCAGCGCGGCCAGGCACCGGGCACCAUGCGCUGCGCCCCCCUCCUGCUGCUGCUGCUCUCCGCGGGGGACGCCGCGGUCAUCACCGGGGCUUGCGACAGGGAUCUACAGUGUGGGGGUGGCAUGUGCUGCGCUGUUAGUCUCUGGAUUCGCAGCCUCCGAAUGUGCACGCCAAUGAGCGACUUGGGAGAAGAAUGUCAUCCUUUGAGUAAUAAAGUCCCGUUUCUUGGGAGAAGAAUGCAUCACACCUGCCCAUGUCUGCCUAACUUGGCUUGCCUACGGAUAUCUCCUAGCAGAUUCAAAUGUUUACCAGAGUUCAGAAACGAAGAUGUCUUUUUUUAGCAGGAACAGUUCUUAACCAUAAACAGGCACUUCAUGUAUUUACAUUUUUCCUUGUUAUUGUGAUGAACAAGUUAUUUGCCAGAGGAAAUUCUUUAACAUACGUUCUUGCCUCGUAAACGUUGAAAACAAACAUUGCGAUACUGUGGUGUUAUGGCCAAGACUUUCAAAAGGGACUACUGAUAUCAGAUGCCUCCAUUUUUGGAUGCCCAAACUGAGAUAUCUUAAAGGGGAGUGAUUGGCAAUUUCAUAGCACUUUCUGGAAAUCAUGCCCCUUUAAAAUGUCCCAACGACAGGGCCCAGAAAUGGAAGCUUCCAAAAUCACUCGUCGCUUGGUAACUCUUGGCCAAUAUUUUUAUACUUGAAUAAGUUGAUUAAAAAUGUGAUGUGUGUGUGGGGGGGGGGGUUGUACAGAAGUAUAGCGCAAAGCAUAAGAUGACUGCCAAAAUAAGUGUAUUUAGAUUAAAUUUGGUACCUUUAUUGUAAUUAUUAUAGUAUUUGUAGGUUAGGUGCAUCACUACAUUAACAGUUUAACCAAUAGGUGUAGCUUUUACAUUUUUUAAAACUGUCACAUUAAACCAAAGCAUCUAAGUGUAAAAAGUGUUCAAAGAAUUCUAUGUUGUUUUAGUGUUCAAAGAGAAGAACGACUUGUUACUUAAUCUGGCGUAAAACGUGCUGCUCAUCUGAAAUGAUGUAUUAAAAUGUAGUUUAUAUUUAAAAAGAAACCCUAAAAUCUAUUCUAAUGGGCUGCCUGACUUCUUAUCAUGUACAUGUAUUAAUAUUG